AUGGGCCAGCUGCUGGCUCAGAGCAAGGCCCAGGUGCAGCAGUGGGGCCAGAAGCAGCAGGCCAUGACCCGGGAGCUGGAGGCAGCCCUGGAGGCGAAGGACGCGGCCAACCUGGUCCAGGAGUCGGUGCAGGCUGAGGCUGACUCCAAAAUCCGGACGCUGGAGCAGACCACUGAGUCCCGGCAACGCUUGUGGGCCCUGCUGCAGGAGGCGAAGGAGCUUAAGGUGGAUCUGUUGGCCGGAUACGGCUGCCACUUGGCCAAAGGAGACAAGCUCGCGGCAGCCCUGAAAGCCAACUGGGCUCGGAUGCGGCUGGACUACCAGGAGUACCGCAGCAUCGUCAGCAAGUGCCUCGUGGCCCACCGGAAGAUGGCGGAGGAGGUGGAGGCCGCCCGGACCGAAGGUGCCCAGCACCGAGAGGUGUGCCAGAAGCUGGAGGAGAUGAUGGUGGAACUGGUGGAAGCGCUGGGCCGGGUGAAUGAGCUGGUGGAGAGCAACAUGCGGCUGGAUCAAGAACUGCAGGCCGCUCUGGACAAAGUGGCCUCCUCAGAAGAGCAGCUGGAGCAGCUGAAGGAGGAACAGCUGGCGCUGACCCAGAAGCUGGAGGAGAAGACAGCAGCCAUCCAGAAGCUGCAGGACGAAGCUGCCAAGCUGGCCCAGGAGAAGGAGCGGGUGCAGCAGGAACGGGACAGUGUCCAGCGAGAAUUCCGGGAGGCCUCGGAUUGCCGCGAGUUUCUCAAGCAGGAGAACCAGGUUGCCCACCGUCAGCUGAGCGAGACGGAGGAAGAGCUGAAGGCCAGCCUCACCACUCUGCGGGAACGUGGCAGCCAGCUGGAGGACCUCAAGGAAGCCCACCAGAAGCUCCAGCAGGAGCAGGAGUCACUGUGCACUGAGCUGGACGGCGCCAGGGCCGAGAUCCAGGAGACCAAAAGGGGCCUGGAGAGCCUUUCCGGGGCCGUGCUGGAGUUGGGGGGUCUUCACGCCCAGUUCCUGGAGGUGACCAACAUUCUGCAGAUGGUCCGGCCAGCGUCUUUUGAACUGCGUCCCAGGGAGCCCAAAGGACCCCCCGGCCUCUGGAGCGAGACCACCGCAUUUGUGCGUGCAGCCCCAGCACCCCCUCCCCAGCUCUCAGAGAUUCAAGCCUCUCUGGCCAGUUGCACCCAGGACCUGCACCGGGCAAUGGAGCAAUUGCACCCCCUGGCCAGGCAUUGCCAGGAAGACGCCGGAGGGCUGCGGGCACAGAUUUUACAGCUGAAGCAACAGCUGGAAACAUCCCAGACGCAGCACCAGGCCGAGAUGGACGCCUGCCACUCAGCCCAGAGCAAGCUCAGCAAGGUUCUCCAGCUGAAGAUCCAGAGCGAGAAGGAGCUGCAGGAGCUUUUGCGCCAGCAGGAAGAGAAGCAAUGUCGGCAGAGUGACCAGAAGAGGGAAGUGGCGACCCUGCAAGAGGAGGUGGCCCAGCUGAAGCUGGAGCUCCAGAAGACAAAGACAGAAGCCACCACUCUGUGGGAUGAGAUGAGCGGGGCCCAUCGGCCGGAUGUCCAGGAGAAGAUCUGGCUGAGGCAGGAGGUUGGGAAGCUGAAGGAGCUGCUGCUGCAGAAGGACACCGAGCACACCAAGGCCCUGACCAGCCACCUCANUUCAGGUUUUCUUGAUUUUUCUCUUUAA